GCGAGGCGAGCGGCCGUAGCGCAGCGCAGCCCCGGGAUGUGACUGAGGUAACUGAGGUGACUGAGGUGACGGCACGAGUGACGUCAGUUGCACCAUGUCUAGCAGUGAUGGCGCCCAUUCGCUGAGGAGGCAUCCGCUCCGCUCUCCAAAGAAAACCAAGAAAACCGAUGACAAGGGCGGUAAAUCGCCAAAUUUGAGUGUACACAACAAGAACUUCUACAUCGCGUCCUACCCUGUGGUCUUAGUGUUCAACAUCCUCCGCACGGUGCUGUACCACUUGUUCUUACUGCUGAAAACGUUGUUCCGAGCGAGCUCGUACCUUGCCCAGGCGCGGACAGACACCGCCGCGCCGACCUCGGUGGUGAUAACGGAAAUUGACAGUUGUGGAGGAGUGGGCAGCGGGGGCAGUGGCGGCGGGCAAGGGCAAGUAGAGGAACAGUCGCAGCAGGACGAGGUGUGCGUGCCACUCAUAGGGGAGAUGCCGCCCAAGCCAGGCAACCCGGGGCCAGGAGACCCUCUCCUCGCCAAGCAGAAGCAUCAUCAUCGCAAGGCCUUUGAGUACAUCUCGAAGGCGCUGAAAAUCGACGAGGAAAAUGAAGGAUCGAAAGAGCUUGCGAUGGAGCUGUACCGCCGGGGGAUAGGCGAGCUGGAGUCGGGCAUCGCCGUGGACUGCCUGGGGCGCGGGGAGGCGUACGAGCGGGCCCAGAGGCUGCAGGAGAAGAUGAGGACGAAUCUCAUCAUGGCCAAGGAGCGACUCGACAUGCUAGAGUCGCUGGUUCACCUGCAGCAGCUGGAGCUGGAUGUGCCCCUCCUCACUACCCUCACCCCCCCAGUAUCCUCUGCUCCCCAAGUCACCCAUGGACCCUCUCGCAAUAUAAUAGGGGCCAGAGCUGUCUCCCCUUGCCGUAGGGGUUUUACAAAUCAGUCAUCAGCUCACACAAACAAGCCUCGUGCCCGUGUAGCACCACAGGUCAUGAGUCUUACAGAUUCGGGGAGAAACUCUUCAGAGCGGCGAAAUGGGCCCAGUCUCUCGAAUAAAGCCUCCGAAGAUGCCAAGACCUUCAAGAAGAUACCAACUGCAAAACGUAUUUCCACGCUAAGCAACAAGAGCCAGACCCUCCCACGUAACAUGGGGUCUCGAGCCAUCACUAAGAGCAGAGAUGGCAAGCACCCGGGCACUCCUCCUAGUGUUAGGAGGCAGCUGUCAAACCAGAAUGGUAGCAACUCCGCCAACAGUUCGCCAAUGAAACGUCGAGGGUCCGCUGGUUGUGGCUUGAGUGGAAAUGGGGGAGGUAAUGGAACACCGAAGCACACACCAUCUCACAGACGGUCUGCCUCUGCUUCUAUGAAGGGAGUGGAUGGUAAAAUGGCUCAAGGCAUUAUGGAUGAGAUUUUAGAUUCUGCUCCAACCGUCUCCUGGGAUGACAUUGCUGGACAGGAGGUUGCCAAGAAGGCCCUCCAGGAAAUUGUGAUCCUGCCAAACCUCCGGCCAGAGCUCUUCACAGGUCUUCGUGCUCCAGCCAGAGGUCUUCUCCUCUUUGGUCCUCCUGGAAAUGGGAAGACCAUGCUGGCCCGAGCAGUUGCAAGUGAAAGCUCAGCAACCUUCUUCAAUAUCAGUGCAUCAACAUUAACCAGUAAAUAUGUGGGAGAAGGAGAAAAAUUAGUGAAAGCUCUCUUCUCUGUCGCACGGGAACUUCAGCCCUCCAUAAUCUUCAUUGAUGAGAUUGACUCACUUCUAUGUGAAAGAAGAGAGGGUGAGCAUGAAGCUUCAAGAAGACUCAAGACAGAGUUUCUAGUAGAGUUUGAUGGCCUUAAAUCAGAUGCUGAAGAGAGAAUUCUAGUCAUGGGGGCAACUAAUAGACCUCAUGAGCUAGAUGAUGCUGCCCUCAGGCGGUUCAGCAAGCGUGUUUAUGUGUCUUUGCCAGAUAAAUCUACACGUGCGUUGCUAAUCCAAAAGUUGAUGGAUAAACAAAAAUCUCAGUUGAAUGUUCGUGAAAUGGAAAGUUUAGCCUCCCUGACAGAUGGUUAUUCGGGGUCUGACCUCACCUCUUUAGCAAAAGAUGCUGCUCUUGCACCAAUCAGGGAACUGAAGCCAGAACAAGUUGUAUCAUGUGAUCCAGCUGAGGUCCGCGGAAUUAACCUGUCCGACUUCAAGGAAUCACUCAAAAAGAUUCGGAGAUCAGUCCCACAGUCCACACUUAUCAACUAUGAGAAGUGGAAUGCAGAUUAUGGAGACAUAUCUACAUGAACACUUACAUCAUGUGUACUAUACUUCUUUGGUCCAAUCACAUUUUUUAUAUUUUAACCAACAUAAGUGAAUAUGAUUUUCACAUCACAUGAAGAUCAUCUCAACUUGUAGAUAUUUAAGAUUAACAGUCCACAGAUGCUGUUGCAUUAAUGUAACAUAAAUGUGAUACAGUGUCCACACAAUUUAUAUUCUCAACUUGACGUAGUCAUGUAAUCCAUGUUUUGGAGAUGUGUAUAUUGAACGUUUCAUUUAUUUAAUUAUGGCUGCCUCAGAAUAUGAGGUUAAAUGUUUUUGAAAAGGUUGCAGCGGGAAUUUUAUGAAGACAGGCUACUGUGAUGUUUUUAAAACAUUUUAUGUAAUCAAUAGUCUCUUUUUGCUUGGUCAUUGUGAGUAACCAGUUUGAUAUAAAGAAAUACUUUUGGUAGCCAGUUGAUAUUGAAAAAUAUCUGAUGGCAACAUCCAGACAGUAGAUGAGUAGGUCUAUUGAUUCUUGGAUUGGGUGCUUUACGUUCUUUAGGGUUAAGAUUUUACUGAACACUUUUUAAACUGGUUUGAAUAAGAAAGAUUGGUAUAGGACAAUAAAGUCAAUAGGUCAGAGUUCCCUUGUAGUAAACAUGUCUAGAUAAAAUGUUUGAUACCAGUGGUUUCUUUGGAAUAUUUUAUAUAGAAACUUUCUUUAAGUAGAUAAACCUAGACUCUUAGACUUAGUGACUGAGAUUGUGCCCCAGAUUAUGUUUCAGUAUACUAAACGUUUUUAGAAGACUUGCACAACCAAUACUGAUAACCAGGUUGAGAAAUUCAGGUUCAUAAUUUAGGCAUUACAAGGUCGGAGAAUGGCACAUGUACAGUGCAGUCUACUAAGUAUGUGAUGAGUUAGCUUUUGUGAAGUUAAAAGGAGACUGGAUGCUGAGAGAAAGUAUAUAUCAAAAUGGUUCUCAAGACCAUCAAGGAGAAGUCCAUCAGCAAUUUUCUCUUGAAAAGUUGCUAUCUCUGUUUUAUAUUAUAAAUGAGAUAUUCUCUCUCUCUUUCUCCCUCUCCCUCUCCCUCUCCCUCCCUCUCCCUCUCCCUCUCCCUCUCCCUCUCCCUCUCCCUCUCUCCCUUCUUCCUUCCGUUCUUCCUUCCUCUCCCAGCUUCUCAAUAAAACAAACUUUAUAAUUUGUGAAUAUCAUAGCAUAGCACACAAUAUUUUAUAUAUGAUGCUGUUUCUAACUUUGAAAUGCUAACAGGAAAAGGGCAGGCUUCAUGUUUGUUCUCUUUGAUGAAAAAAGUGGUAUUCAAGAAUAAUUAUUAAGUGUAAACCUUUUUUUUUUUUUAUGAUUACUUUUAAGUUGUAGUAUUGUAAAUUAUUUGUGUAAAAUCUUCCUGAAUCAUAAAAAGGAACAUUAAAAGAAGCAUAUAAAGGAAAUGCUUAAUAUAUAUAGUGGUGUUCAGCUAGUCAGGAGAAGUAAGGUUGUGACUUCUUGUCUAGGCUCUGUAACUGCUUGGGUAACAAUUAUAGAACAAAGCAUCUGAUUGUAGGUUGUCUUUUAAAAGUCUAGAAAGCCAAAGUAGAAUUUUCUGUGUGCAUGAGCAAUCAUAGGCUUGGUUAUAAAUGUAGAAUGGAAAACAAAAGACAGCUUUAGACUGAUUAAGAAAUGGUAAUAUAUUGUACUUCACUGCACUUCUAGCAUUGACAUUUUUAUGAGGUAUUUUGAUGAGAUUUUUACAGGUUCUGGAAAACUGUUGCUAGCCUGUUACAUCAUGUUUUAGCAUUCAGUGUAACUAGAUGCACAGAUCAGCUCUUUGUGAGGGAACUUAGGAAUGGCAGUGUGAUAUUUACUGUCUUCCGUAAAAGGCAGAUGCAUUCAGUGUCCUAAAAAUGCUUAACAAAAAGUGACUGCAAAAUCACUGUCUCUGUGGAAGGUGAUAUUUAUUUUAACAAAUAUCAGAUUAACUGAUGAAUAUCCACUGUAGAUGAAUAAUACAAAGGAUCAAUAAAUGUCAUUUGCAGCUAAUCAUUAGUAGGUUUUCACUUAUUGUGCAGUUAUAAAGGUUUAGUAAAUAAUACCUUUUUUCUUUUGAUUCUGUUGAGCUGUAUGUAGAAUGUGCACAUUUAUUGUACAUUUCUUUUCAGUGUAUAACUGCAGUCCCAUAUAUUCUCAUUACAUGAAAACGUUUGUACACACCUACCAUUAUGUAAUCACAAUAGUCAUAACAGUUUAUCAUUAAUACAAUUGUUUAUAUGUUAUGUUUUGUGGGGUUGAUAUAUGUGAAAAAUAGAGCAAUAUCAUGCUCAUAAUGCUCACUUGGUUCCAUGCAAUGUGCACUUGUGUGCUUCUGUACAUAUUGGUGUGUUUGUGCCAUAAAUGAACUUAAAAGUUUUGUUUGGCUCAGGUUCUCUUAAUUGUGGAUGUAGUGACUGAAAAGGAGUCAGGACUAAAUUUGUAAAUUAUUUGUUGUUCCUAAACAAAAUAAAAACAAAAUUGGUAUUGCAGCAUUUUUGUAUAUUGACAUCUCUGAUAAUGCUUUUAAAAUAUAAUAGACCUACAUGGUUAUUUAUGAAAAAAUAUAAUGUUGGUGCUUAUUGGGGCCAUCUUUUAUUAUAAUAAAGGAAGAUUUCCUGUGGUGUAAAUAAGAUUUGAUACUGAAAUAGU